GGGAUGUGGACCUCGUACCGCUCGCAGAAGUUCAAGUGGGCGUUCCCUUUCGGCCACGGGCUGUCCUACACGACGUUUGCGUACGGCGAGCCGAAGGCUGUCAUGGGCGGCCGCUCGGGCGGCUGCGGCAAGGCGGUUUGCGUGAGGGUGGACGUCUCGAACACCGGCGCGGUCUCGGGCAGGGAGGUCGUCCAGGCCUACCUCCGCUUCCCCGGCGAGGGCGCGCAGUUCCCGAAGAUGCUGCGGGGCUUCGAGAAGACCGCCCUGCUGCAGCCGGGGGCGAAGGCCGAGGUGAGCCUGGAGUUCUCGCAGCGGGACCUGUCGGUCUGGCGGCCCGGCGAGGGCUGGGUGCCCCACAAGCACGUCCUCGUCCUCAGCUCGGACAUCCGCUGCAAGUUGAACGUGACGGUGGACUCGUCCCAGAAGCACGAGGCCGCCAGCGAUCACGACGUCGCCGGCCAGAGCGGCGAGCACGCAACGGAGGACGCGGGCAAGGCGAAGGCGGAGGGCACGGGCAACGACGAGCUCGCGCUGUACACGAAGGGCCACGCGGCCGCCAGCAGCCAGGCCAAGCGCGUCCAGUUUCACGCGGCGAAGGCAGAGGGCGAGGCGGACGACGAGGCGGAGGCGGACGACGAUGCGAACGCGGGCGACGAGGCGAAGGACGGGGCGAAGGCGGGGGGCAAGGGCCGCAGCAGGCUCGCGCUGCACGCCAAGGACCGCUCGGCGGCCAGCAGCAGGGCCAGGCACCUCCAGGGGAGGGCGAAGGACGGGGCGAAGGCGGACGGCAAGGGCCACGGCAAGCUCGCGCCGCACGCCAAGGACCGCUCGGCGGCCAGCGGCAGGGCCGGGCACCUCCAGGCUCACCAGGGGAAGGCGGCGGGCGCCGGCCAGCACAGGCCCGGGGCCGACGCCGCGGCCCGCCGGAGGGACCACGGCGCGGCGGGGGGCCGCCCCGCCGCGCGGGCGGCGGGCAGGGAGCGCCACGGGAAGCCGAGCGCCGGGGGCAGGAGCGCGGCGAAGCCGAGGGCCCGGGCGCAGCACGGCGCUGCGGCCAGGGGCGGAGCCCGGGAGGAGUAGGGGGGAGCGGGCGCGCGCGGGCUGCGGCGAGGCGGCGGCGUGCCGAUCCCGUGGCUCGGGGGCACGUCGGGGCCGAUGCGGAGCGUGCGUGUCCUCGCGGUCCUCCUCCAGCCCCUCCGAGUUUCGACAUCCG